AUAGAGUAAAAAAAAAAACAUCAAACCGUCACAGCUUGCUAUCACAAUUGAUUUUUUGCUAUUUUAUGUUGCAAAAUUGGAAAGUUAUUUAAUAAAAAAGAAACAGUGUUAUUGUUAUCAAUUAGAAUAUUAGCUUACUUCACAUAAAUUUCUAAUCCUUUAUGAAAAGAAAUAUAAAAACAUUUUAUUGUUUAUACCUACCUAAAUACAACAAAUAAAAUUCAGAGGCAUUCGAUGGAAAGAAAAAAUCGAAACUAAUGACUUCGAAUACAGCGUCGUCGGUUCAGAAUCAGAUGCAGUUAAUUGCUUGUGCAGAAGUUAAUUGUGUGUUUCAAUUCCUAUAUUUUAUGUUUUCCUAUUAAUUCGUUGAAUUUGCAUUAAAUUUUAUUGUAAAAAUAUCCCUGUUUAAAUUUAGAUACACAUUUUUGUAAUUGUUAUGAUUUUAAAGUGCAAACAUUUGUUUUUUCUUCUAAACCAGAAGUUAUUUGUGCAAAAAGGGUUUGACUUCAAUAAAAAAAUGUAAAAAAGAAACAAUAUUUUAUUUUAUAACUUAAACAAAGUGCACUGUGGCUAAAAAUGUGUGCAAUGAUGGAUCAAAAAACACGUUCAGCUUUAAGAAAAUGCCAAAUGAUAUUUAAGGAAAAGUAAAGGUUGAAUGUGAAAAUCGUCCGCAAUUAUAAACACUCUUAAUCAUGCUGCACAUAGUUAAUUCAGAAAGUCCUAAAAGCGAAAUGGAUAAUUCUCUUCCAAUCAUAGACGUCCCAGUUCAAGAAACAGAAGAUAUUUGCGAAAAUGUUUUGGAAAACAAAAUGAUAGCUAUAGAACUAAACGAAGUAACCGAUGAAGCUUCCAAAAGUCAUCUACACUAUGACGGCAGCGAUAGUGGUUUGGAUAUAGCUACAACUGUAAACUUACGUUUACAACGUGCACUAAGUAGUAACAGUGGUGAUUACGCUAGCAGUAGCGGUGGAAUAGAUGUUGAAUCAAAUAUCAACGAUAAUGUGUCAUGUGGAUCUAGUAUGAUAAGUUGUACGUCCGAUUUGGGUGGAGAAAAUAAGUUAUGUACUACAGUUCCCCAUAAAAAAUUAAACUAUGAGUGCUGUAGCGAGAAUGGAAGUGAAAGCUCUUCAGUUGCUGUCGGAUGUAAAAUCCGUAAAACAAACAAUGUAAAGAAAAAGGUCGGUAUGUUUGAACCGACUUCUAUAAAACCGGUUUGGAAAAUGAACGAUUGUAAUCAACAAAGCACUCCACUUAAUAAAAUGAGAUCUCGUAUGAAUAAUACGUCGCAUACAAAAACAGAAAGCUUUACUUUACAAACACGUGAGCGUGCAAGAUCUCGAGAGAAAGCCGAAAAACCACUGUCCAAUUCCUCAAGCAAAAAUGGCACUCCUCCCUUUCGUACAACUCCAGUAAGACGAACACCAAAGCCCGACUCCUUGCCAAGUGCUUUGAAUUCUACAGUAUGCUUACAGCGUGGACCUCAAAGGACUCCAUCAAUGACAAGAGCACGUACACCAGGGACUCCCUCUGAUGAUGGCCGGUGGCCUUCGAUUGGAGGCCGAGGGACAGGGAUUGGUAUAGGCCCUAAACGUGGAACCUCUGUAACACCAGAAUUAGGGUCACUUAAAAUCCGAGGGCAAAUAAUGUCUUUUGAUUCGAAGUGCUUGAUGUCUAGUGGAAAUUCAUCUAAUACAUUACCUCGUAGAAGAAAACAAAAAUCCGUCGAAGAUUUGAGAGGUAGAGCUUCACGCAGCAGCUCAAAUUCAAGAGAUAAUGGGAUGGUUUCAUCGAUUACUGUAACAACAAGAAAUAAUAUGGUCUCAACUUUUUUUACACCUUCUAAAACUUAUACUCCACCAAACAAAGUAAGUUACAGAAAAACAACAUCCAAAACAAGGAUCUACCACGAAAUGGGAAUUCAAACGGUUAUGGGUGGACAAGAUGUUCAAAGAGCAUUCAAUGGAAAAACAUGUCGUUGUGUGCAGAUAGAUUCAGCAGAGUUUGCAGAAAAGCAAACACAAUCCGACAUCAGAGACAUUGAAAUAGAACAUCUACGCGAUGAAAUACAAAAACUUUUAACUAAACAAAAUGAAUUAGGGAAUAAGUUAGAAGAAAAGACACAAAAAGUUCAAAGCAUGGAACAACAAAUAAUUAAAGAAAGAGAAGAUAAGAUUUCGGCUCAAAGAGAAUUAAAUCAAAACACUGAACGCGUAAUAGGCAUGCUGGAAUAUACACGCCAAUCGCAGUCAGAAGAAGGUAGUUGCGACAGUCUUAUGAUGCUAGAAUCUCAAAUACAGAUGUCUGGUCAUGAAUUAGUUGAAAAGCAGCAUGAAAUUAUAAAGCUACGAAAACUAUGUCGCACUUUACAAUCAGAAAUGGAACGUGUCUUGGUCGCACAAGAAUGUCUGAUGCAGGAAAAAAUAUGUAUGGAGCGGGAAGCAGUUGAGCUGCAAGAUUUCCUUCAGCACGAAAAAACAGCCAUGUGUGAUGCGCUAACAGAAAGUGAACUUGAAUAUCAGAAUUGUAAAAAAAUGCUGUCGGAAAAGGAAGAAGAGGUGAAAGUUUUACGUGACGAGUGUCGACAUUUAGUCAGAUUAAAUGAACAACGGAGGCAAGAAAACAAGCUUAUGCAAUCCAAAUACUCACACCUUGAAUCAAAAAUCAAAGAUCUUAAAGUACAUCAAAGUACGGCAGUUAAUGGGGCUUCAAUGGCGCUCUCUGGGCUUCAUACUAGAUUGGAUAGUUUGGUAGAGCAACUUAUAUCUUCAUAUAAUAUUGCCGAACAUGAUUUAGAGGAUUUUGCCUAUCACAACGAAGCUUAUCCAAAUAGCGUCAGUAGCUGUAACGUUACUCCUGAAUACGAAAACAAUACCGAUAUAGGGCAAAUAGAUCAAACUGACGGUUCACUGUCUCCUCAAAGAAAUCAAUCUUUUAUUGCAGCAGUUAUUAGUGCUAUUCGAAAUGCUACGGCUCCAACUGGAAGAAAACUACGGUCUUUUAGUGGUAAACCAACCGAUCCCGGUAACGGAGAUGAAUCUGAUUCUACAGAAAUGCUGGAUUCUGAAACAGAACCGUGUCUAAUGAUGGAUAAUGUUUUAGAGGAUGUAACAAUGCCUGAUUCCCAUUCUCAUAAUAUGGUCUCCUCAACUGGAAUUGCAAUUUCUCAAAUAGAACUGCCUACUGACUUAGUUAAUGCGGGUGACGAUUCACUUCAAAACCUGUCGCAGGCAAUUACAAAUCGACAACAAGCUGAAUUGCAAAUAACUUCAACAGCAUUAAACGUAGUUUGUCAGUUUGGUAAAAAUUGUGAAAAUAGUUUGGGAGACGAAACAAGCUAUCAUGAAUCUGUCGCUGAAAUGCCGUCUAUUGUUGACUAUUGCUCGACGCAAGCACUUGUUGAUCAAGUGAUCGAAGUCGAUAAUCUCAUCACAAAAUUACUUAAAGUUUUAAGACUGAUUCAAAUGGAUAAUGAUCUUUGCAUUCAGCAACUUAUUGUCGAUAAAAACAAACUUCAACAAAACAAAGAAGAUAUGUUGGAAAAAUUCAAAGACCUACAAGAUAUGAACAACAAAUUACAAGAUGAACUGAUGGAUGCUACACAAGAGCUAAUGGUGAAAACCAACGAUCUUACUACUUCUAAAGCUGAUAUUCAGAGACAUAGAAACGAAAUAGAUAGACUUAAUGAAGACAUUUGCCAGCUAAGCACCUUAUGUAGUCAAAACAAUUCACAGUGCAAUUCAUUGGAACAAGAGGAAACCUCGGAAGGUAUUUUGAGAAUGUUACAAUUAUGGAAUAAGAAUGGGCAUUUUGCAGAAGCUGAUGUUAAAGGUUAUUUAGCAAGUGUCUGCAUUGAGAAUAUUACACAACCUGACGAAUCAUUAAACUUGUUUGAAACGAAGAUAGAAAAUAUUUCAAAUGAAAAACCAAUACUGGAGAUUCGACGUCAAUGUGAAAUUAUAAAUAACACGUUAAAUGUUCUCAACAAACUCGAGAAUAUUGUUCGAGAAAAUCCGUUACUACUUCAAUUACAGCACGACCUCAAGAAAUUAAAUGUGGAAUCUAAUAAUUCUCAUACCUUUUAUUCAACUUUGAUGCUUUCAACUAGUACAUCUUCACAAGACCAUAUUAAUGCCAAUGACUCCCCAGCGACUGUGGAUAAAAUUAGUUGCGAAAAUUCUGGAAACCAAACACCUGUCUAAUAAAUCAUUUCACAUAGUUAAACAAAAAUAAGAUACGCGCUGGUAUUUUUAAAAUUUUAAAUAGGAUGUUUCAAUUAUACAGGAAAGUUUGACGUCCAUUUAGAUUGUAAUAUAAAUUAUGCCGCAUUCUUAAAAUUCCAAAUCACAAGAAUGUUUGAUACAGAAAUGCUUUAGCAAAAGUGUAAAACAACCUAAAAAAAAGCUUGCCAAUUGAACUAUUAUUAAGACAUCAACAUAUACAAUAAGAAUUAAGUCCGCAUUUACUGCUAACAGAUUUGAAAAGUAUUUAAUAAAAGUUAAAGCUCA